UGACGUGGUACCGGCUGACGUCUCCUCACGGCGCCGGGCUGGCUGGUGGGCUGGUUUGUGGCGGUGUCCUGAUUUAAUAGUUUGUGAGGCUUCUCGUUCCCUCGUCAUGGACGCUCCAAAUCAAGAUAUCAACCUUAACUCUCCCAACAAAGGUCUACCUGAAAACAUGACUGAUGUUCCUGUGGAUACUCCUGCAGGUGGGGAUGGACUUGGAGUACUAUCUGAAGUGGAAACUGAGGAGCUCAAACGUGAACUUAGCAAGGUUGAAGAUGAAAUAGCAACACUUCGGCAAGUCCUAGCUGCCAAGGAAAAGCACGCUUCAGAGAUCAAAAGAAAGUUAGGGUUGACUCCUUUCAAUGAGCUCAAGCAGAAUCUUACCAAAAGCUGGCAAGAUGUCCAAGCAUCCAAUGCCUAUAAAGGUACAUCUGAGAAAGUUGAAGAUUUGAAUAAGAAAAUCACUCAGUCUGAAGUUUAUAAGAAGACUCAAGCAACACUUUCCACUGCUGGAUCGAAGACCUCCAGUGCCAUUUCCAGUGUUGGAUCAGUUCUUAGCAGGACACUGGGAGAAAUUAAGUCUCACCCUUUUUCUCAGUCCUUUAGCAGUUAUUCCAUACGUCAUUCAAUAAGCAUGCCUGCUAUGAGGGAAUCGCCUACAUUCAAAUCAUUUGAAGAAAGUGUUGGAAAUCUAAAGGCUAAGGUUAUUGGAAAUGAAAAUAAUGUUAAAGAUGGCUAUCAUACUCCUAGUGCUACAAGUCCAAGUACAGAAGAAAAGCUACCACAGGACAAUGCACCUUUCUGAACAAGAGUUGCAGUUUUCAAUACCUGAGUUGCUGAUUUCCAAAUCUGUAUGUUGAAUUUAUUGCAAUUGCAAACAUCGCCUAUUGUACAUAUGGUUAAUUAAUGCCCAUUUUGGAGAAGUGUAUUUCUGCUGUUCUGGAAAUCUGAUAACCACUUUGUAUGUGUAAAACUUGGAGAAAGAAAAAGACCCAAAUUCUGUCAAAUUUGAAAGUCUCAGAUUCUCUUUAUGAAAUUACCAAUAAAAUUAGCUUUGAGUACUUUAACCCUCAUUUUCAACAGACUUUCAAGCACACUAACUAUGAUUCAUAUCAUACUAGCCUUAUUCUGUGCUUCAACUACACUUCUGUAAUUUUGGGACAGGACUAGAUAGAAUGGAGCAGCUGGUACUGAGGAGCACUUAUUUGGUCAGGGAUUACUUCUGCUUUUAUUUUAUGUCCAGCGGCUUUAAAUAUGUUUGUACAUCUAGAUUAGUGACUGAAGCAUGCUGAUUUUUCUUUUCAGAAGGUACAACAACCAAAAAGUAGACGACUGGAUGUAUGCUACAGUCUGUAUCCUGUGGGCUAAAGGGAUAUAAUUGUGAAAUUUUGUUGGGGUUUAAUGGAACGAAACAAAGUCUAGAAUUUAGUUUAGAAUGUUUUGAUGCAUAAUGGGUAAUUCUUUGACCAUUUCUGUUUGCAAACAAAGAUGGGGUUUGGCUUGCUGUUACAUGUAUACUAGGGUUUCAUUGUAUAUUUCCCUUUAUAUCACUAGAAUGCUCACAAUAAAAAAAUUGGUUAUUAAA